AUGGUGCUGCUCACGAUGAUCGCCCGCGUGGCGGACGGGCUCCCUCUGGCCGCUUCCAUGCAGGAGGACGAGCAGUCAGGCCGCGAUCUGCAGCAGUACCAGAGUCAAGCGAAGCAGCUCUUCCGCAAGCUGAACGAUCAGUCCCCCACGAGAUGCACUCUGGAAGCAGGAGCCAUGGCUUUCCACUACAUCAUUGAGAAAGGAGUGUGCUACCUGGUCCUGUGUGAAGCUGCAUUCCCUAAAAAACUGGCCUUUGCAUAUCUGGAAGACUUGAACUCAGAGUUUGAUGAGCAGCAUGGCAAGAAGGUGCCAACAGUCUCCAGGCCGUAUUCCUUCAUUGAAUUUGACACCUACAUCCAGAAAACCAAGAAGCUCUACAUUGAUAGUCGGGCGAGGAGGAACCUGGGCUCCAUCAACACAGAGCUGCAGGACGUGCAGAGGAUCAUGGUGGCUAACAUUGAGGAAGUCUUACAACGAGGAGAGGCACUUUCAGCUCUCGAUUCCAAGGCCAACAACCUGUCCAGCCUGUCCAAGAAGUACCGCCAGGAUGCCAAGUACCUGAACAUGCGUUCCACCUACGCCAAGCUGGCAGCCGUGGCUGUGUUCUUCAUCAUGCUGAUCGUUUAUGUGAGGUUCUGGUGGCUGUGAGGCAGCUGCAGUCACGAAGAGGGAAAGCCAGUAGCCUGGCAGGUGUAUGUGUGCAGGACACUGCUCACAGGGGAUGUGCAUUAGAAUCCACCCAGGACCAUCACCUUCACCAGAGAGUCCUGAAAUUGUUAGGUGACACCUGGCUGCUACACCUCUUCCUGAAGCCUGACAAUAGGUGUAAAGGCUUGUUGACUGCAGGCUUUUCCUCUGGGGCACUUUGCACUAGGGUACUGCAGGGUUCUGCCCCCUCCCCGGGGCAU